CCCGGUGGCCCCUGUCAUGCCUUCUACUUCAAUCUCCUCUGCCAGCGCAGCGGGGAAAGGAGGGUCGAAAGCUAUGCAGCCGCCGCCGCAGCUUCCGGCGGCUUUGCCGGUAGGGUUCCGCUUCCGCCCGACGGACGAGGAGCUGGUGCGGCACUACCUCAAGCCCAAAAUCGCGGGUCACGCGCACGCGGACCUGCUCCUCAUCCCCGAUGUCGACCUCUCGGCGUGCGAGCCCUGGGAGCUGCCCGCUAAGGCCCUCAUCAGGUCCGGCGACCCCGAGUGGUUCUUCUUCGCGCCCCUCGACCGCAAGUACCCCGGCGGCCACCGCUCCAACCGCUCCACCGCUGCCGGGUACUGGAAGGCCACGGGCAAGGACCGCCUCAUCCGCUCGCGCCGAGCAGGGACCCUCAUCGGCGUCAAGAAGACGCUCGUCUUCCACAGAGGCAGGGCGCCCCGAGGCCACCGCACCGCUUGGAUCAUGCACGAGUACCGCACGGCCGAGCCCCAGCUCCAGCAAGGCCAAAACGGUAGCUUCGUGCUCUACCGCCUAUUCAACAAGAACGAGGGGGAAUCCGAAGCCUCAGAUGCCGCUGAUUCACCGUCCACAUCAUCUCCGGCAAUCGCGCCAGCGGUGAAAGCUGAGAAUUUGAGCCAGCCGGCUUCUGCCAAAAUGUCUCAUCUUCUUGCAACUGUCAGUAGCAAUGAGCCAACAUCCAACCAGGGAGAUGAUCAUCUUCUGGAUGUGUUAUCCCAGCUUCCAGACUUACAGCGUGAGCAUAAAUUCGACGGAUUCCCUACAAUCACCUCUCCGAUGCGUCCUUACACUGAUCAUCCUUUUCUUGGCAAUGCUGGCGAGCAAGAUCUUUCAGUGUAUAUAGAUAGUAUCAUUGCUCAUCAGGAUCUGGAGGACUUGUUGGCCAGCCCUUGUUUGGCUGAUAUGGUUGAGCAGGCCACUGUAAAUGUUGAGCCCCACCCUACUUCUCUACCCAUUCUAGACAACAGCUCAAACAGCAAGAGAUUGGCUGAAAAUAGCCGUGGAAAAGUUGGUUCUGAAACGUUGCUCCUAAUCAAGGGUACAGAUGACACAGGUGCUGCUGCUUCCUGUUCUGCAACCAAAAUACUACAAGCUGAUAAAGACAAUAUUAAUCAUCACACAGGAGCUCAGAGUAACUUGGCUUCCAAUGCAUCAGCUCAAGUGUCCCACUUUUACAACCAAUAUCAACUUCAAUCGGCAUUCAUUCCUGAAACGGAACCACCAAAUAGUGGAGCCUUGUGCUCUGCAGCUUCCUUGACUCCUUAUCCCCAGCACUUGUUCAAUGGUAUGGUAGCACCGGCUAGGAUUGACAUUUCAGAUUCAGAUGUCUUUAAUGGACUCCAAGGAUGGGCAGCGGAACCUUCUAAGGAUCCACACCAAGGGAAUGCACCAAGAAGGAUCCGCCUUGUGCACUCUAUUCAGAGGGCAUCAGUAAUUGAGCCUGUACUAACUUCUCAUUUGGAGGGUGAAGAUGAAGCAGGAUUAUGUUACAGCACAGACAGUUCAUCCACCAACAAUAACGAGGAUUAUGCCAAUGUGUUCUCCCAAUCUAUGGCUGGAGAAGCAAUGCAUAUUCAAGGUGGAGGGGUGAUACCUACUCAAGUAGUUUCAUCGACGGAAAUUACAGAAAAGCUACAAGAUUUCACACUUGAUGAAGGUACACUGCUACAUGGUGAGCUACAUCAUGGAGGCAAUCUCAAGCAGCGGCACAAACAGGAACAUACGGAGGAGACCAGCCAGGAUGUCCGUGAGGGCAUGCAGCAGAGCGUCCAUGUGACUGGAGUGGCAGUGCCAUCCUUGAGAAGACAACGAGAGUCUGCACGGAUUGGUUCAGUUGUGCGGUUGCUCUUUUUGGCCCUCGUCGUCAUCCUUGUAUUUGUAGGAUUAUGGAAAUGUAGCUCGUACAAGUUGUUUCAUUAGCAGCUACCAUUUGUGAUUCAGGGGUAACAGUACAUUAGUAGCUAGUGGUCAUGUUUACCUUGUUAGUCUCGGGACCGAAGGAGCAGGGUAAGGUGUCUGUAGGAUUCACAAUGCUCCUCCGGUGUAUAUUUGGCUGGCUUCACAGAGUCAGAAAUGUAAGAGUUGUGAAGUAGCCUGUUGCCUUGUUGAUAGGAUGGAACUUGUGUAGAUGAGUUGCAAGGUGUGAGUGUUGCAUAUAUUGUAGCUAGGAUGAGUUAGAAACGUUGAGAUGUGUGUGGCGUCAAGUGUUUGUUGUAGUUUACUGUACUUAUUAUGUGGAUGGAUCAUGUUCAUGCAAAUAAAAGAAUAUAAUGCAGAGCACAAUCUGCGGGUCUCUGCUACA